AUUGUCUUCACAUCUAUGCAGUGCCUUUUCCCUAAAACCCUAAACCCCCAAUUCCUUGUCCGUUCCUUCAACACUACUCGCUCAAAGGCCUUCACUGUCCGAAGCAUGAGUUCCGGGUCACGAAUGUUCCAGCUCAAAGUCGACCCACUUACCGGAAACUCCGAAUGGGUCGUCAUUGAAGAAGAUGAAGCUUCAGGAGAUGCUACAAAACAGCUUCUUGCCAAUACUUCUUACCUUGACAUGCUUAAUGAUACUCGAAGAAAUAAAGCUUAUAGGGAAGCCAUUGACAAGACCAUAACCAAGCCUUGCCAUGUUCUCGAUAUUGGAGCGGGAACUGGUUUACUAUCUAUGAUGGCAGCCCGAGCAAUGGAUAAUGGAGAUUCGGUGGAGAGCUCGGGUUCAAAGGGGAUGGUUACCGCAUGUGAGUCAUAUCUUCCUAUGGUAAAAUUGAUGCGGAAGGUUUUGCAUGCCAAUGGUAUGCAAAGAAAAAUCCGCAUCAUUAACAAGAGGUCAGAUGAACUAGAAGUUGGUGUGGACAUGCCUUCACGGGCAGAUGUGCUUGUAAGCGAAAUACUCGACUCUGAGCUUUUGGGAGAAGGGUUAAUUCCAACUCUGCAGCAUGCUCAUGACCAGCUACUGGUAGACAAUCCGAAAACAGUGCCUUACCGUGCAACGGUUUAUGGUCAGCUGGUAGAAAGCACAGAUUUGUGGAAGCUGCAUGAUUUGUAUAACACUGAGAAAGAAGUACUAGAUGAAAUUCGUCUUGUUCCAGAAGGAAUGGAUUCAGCUUUAUGUGUCAAACGGCAACAAUUUUCCAUGCAUUGUGAUGCAUUGGAAGAAGACAUCAAGCUGCUAUCAGAACCCUUCAAAGUAUUUGAUUUUGACUUUUGGAGAAGGCCGGAUGGUCAUCGUGUAAUGGAACUGAGUGUACAAGCUACUAAUACUGGCACUGUUCAUGCUAUAAUCUCAUGGUGGUUGCUCCAGCUUGAUGAGAAAAGCACUAUCUUCUACUCCACUGCACCAAAAUGGAUAAGUUGCCCAUCUAGUAUGGAAGGAUUUAAUUCAUCUAUCAGCUGGAGUCAGAAUUGGUGUGACCACUGGAAACAAUGUGUUUGGUUCAUACCAAAGAAAGGUUUGUCUUUAUUGAAGGAUGAAGAAGUUAGUUUGCUGGCUGUUCACACUGAUACUAGCAUCUCAUAUGAAAUGAAGACUUUGUCCCAGAACUUGGAACUUGGACAAAGUGAGCUCAGUGCUCAGAAGUACCAAAUCACUUUGCUGCCAGAAAAAAUUGCAUUAUAUAGUGAUGUCAAUUGGAGAUGCUCAAUGCUGAAAGCUAUAAAAAAUGCAAUGAAGCAGAAAACUCCCUCCUUGUGUGUUGUUGUGGAUGAUAGCAUAUUUCUUGCGGUUGCUCUUUCCCAUCUCGCCAAAGGGUCUCAUGUGCUAUCAUUGUUUCCAGGAUUGCAAGAGAAAGGUGCGCAAUAUUUGCAAGCUGUUGCAGCUGCAAAUGGUUAUUCAAAGGAUCAUGUAGAAGUUCAGAAGAUGAGUGAACUGUUGACCUCUCAAAGUAGUCAGGAGAAGCAGAUUGACUUGUUAGUUGGGGAACCUUUUUAUUAUGGUAACAACAGUGUGCUUCCAUGGCAAAAUCUACGGUUCUGGAAGGACCGAAGUUUAUUGGAUUCAAUCCUAUCUGAAGGUGCAGUGAUUAUGCCUUGCAAAGGAUUGUUAAAGGCUUGUGCGAUGUCUCUUCCUGACCUUUGGCAAAGUCAUCAGUGCCUGCAACAUGUUGAAGGCUUUGAUCAUUCAGUUGUCAAUUCCACGUUAGGGGCAUGUGGAGGUUUACCUCCUGGACAAGAAAAUCCUACUCUACCUUUUUCAGUCUGGCAAUGUGGGGAGAGCAAGAAAAUGAGCGACAUAGUUACUAUCAUGGAAUUCAAUUUCCUGAAAACAAUAAGCCCAUGUUCUGGAAAAGCUAAGGUAGAAUUUAUUACACAUGGAAAAUGUCAUGGAUUUGUUCUUUGGAUUGACUGGGUGAUGGAUACAGAAGAAUCCAUUGUCUUGUCUACAGGACCAGAACAAAGAUACUGGAAGCAAGGGGUUAAACUUCUGAAGGAGCCCGUGGCUGUGGGGAGCCAUAGAUCUGCCACCACUGAUUGUCACUCAGCAGAUAUUGAAACGUCUUUCGAUCCAUCAACUGGUGACCUCAUUGUAGAUUAUGCUUUCUUAUAACCAAGAGUGCAUCAGUUGCCUUUCCCAAUUGGACUUGCUGGGAGUAUAAUCUUCUCAAUGUCAUACAAGUCCAAAGCUGCAAGUCAUCGUACUCCUCACUCUAAGUGGCAUAGAUACAUCAGCAAUGAAGGUCUAACACAAAUUCCAAGGCCACAGCUUCAAGGAUGUUAGGGUUAUCAGCACUACUUGCUCCGUAAUACUGCAGUCUGCAACUCCUUGAUAGCGAGUUACUGUAAGAUUAUAUUACCCAAAUGUGACCUUGUGCACAGAAGUUUUGCAUCUAGGUUUGUAGUUUCGAUUGGUUUGAUCCAACAUUCUAAGCGUUUUCUACAUGUUGCCAUUUUACAAGUCAUUUUCAUCUCACUACUUUUAGUUUGUUGAAAGAAUUGCUGCUUGCUGAGCUGCCACCAGAAGGUAAACGUGAAAUAGCAGCUACUUCAUACUGAUAAUUUAUUACUCUUGGAAAAGAAAGGAUCCUUCAAAAUUUCAUGCUUAAUGUGUUAAACUCAAAUAUAUGUUUAAGAGUAUUUAGAUAUCACUGGAA